ACGGUUCUAAAUAUUGGGAAUAAAAUGUGUUCCUGGAUGCGUCAUUGCUCGCUGGAGUUGUCGGGCGACGGGUCGGGGCGAAAGUCGGCUGGUCACACACAGCGGCCGCGCGGUUCCACGCCACAGUCUCAUCUAAGCCACAGCUAUGCGCACAUCUUACCCAUCAUAGCCGAAAAUUCCACAUUCGAAUUCCAGAGUUACGCGUGCCGGCCGACGCGAAAGUUCCAAAUACGAAUUUUUAAAUUCGCGAAACUUUUUUCCUUUAUCGAUAAACGAACUUUUUUUACACUUGACUGUUAUACAUUACAGGAGGAGGCAAACGGUAAAGUUUUUAGUUGGUGUAUGUAAAAGUGCAUUUUGCAUAAUUGAGCGUUGAACUGUUUUUUUUUUCAUUUAUGUGCUGUAUCGUAUCGGUGUGCCUAAAGAUUCUGUUUGUGAAGUGUUUUAUUAUUAAGUGCACUUUUCUAUUUGGAUUUUAUUUGUUCCGGAAUUUGGGAACAAUAUGGACAUCGACCACUCGACCAGCCCCGGGUCGAGCGCUGUUAAUUAGGCUUCUUUAAAUAAAACCGGUAUUUUUUAAACCGUCAUAAAUACAAAGAUGCUGGGGUGUGCUCUGAGAAGAGUUCCCUCCGUGUCUGCCGCCUGCCCGAAGACCAUCAACUUCAGCACGGCUGACGACAGCCGUUGCUUAGACAAGUAGAUGACUGAACGAAUAAACUUUAACAAGCAACAGUUUUGGCCUUAACAAAUUAAAUUCGAUCGCAAUCCGAAACAGAACUAGUCACAAAAAAAUAAAGAUCAGUAGCAAAUUAAGUUACCAUAGUUAUUGGGGGUAGUCGUGUGCGCUUGGGCGGGUGCUGGGUAGGUACCACUGCGGUGGUAUGCUUUAUAUUGCAUCUUGUGUCGACUGUGCGCUCACUGGUCGCUACGUCACGUGGCUUCCCGGCGCGCGACUUCAGUGCUGGAUGCUACUAACUGUAUACACGUUACCACAGCUUGCCGUCUCUGCGAAGAUAUUGUGCCUCCUGAUGGUGGUGAUCUGCGGUGCGGUGCCAUCGAUGGUCCGGUCGGUCCGCCUGUACAGCCAGUGCUCGCACCUCUACGUCAACGUGUUGCCAAACGGCACUGUAAUGGCUCGCUCCGAUGGAAACGACCAGCCGAAUCUCACCAUCAGUUCGCGCGGCUACAGUCUCGAGCUGCUCAUCCACUCGCCCGUGCAGGACAUGUACCUCUGCUUCAACAAGGCCAAACUGGUCGGCAGGCGACUGACGCAUGCCCAAGCGAUGAAACAGCCCAACUGCCUCUUCAAAGAGGAGUUUGUGGACGGCUACAACAGAUACCACCUCGUGAAGAACACCGACCGCUAUAUAGGCUUCAACCGGCGCGGCCUGCAGCUUCGGCGCGGCAAGAGCCUCCUCCCCGAGCGCAGCCACAAAUGUCUAUCCUUCAUGAAGGAGGCCCACGACUUCGACAUCAACCGACACAACACCUUGCUCGCGGGCGACCCGCCCAAGUGGCGCCAGCGUAGGCUCCGGCCGCCGCCACAGAACUCCAUCAGCCCGCCCUACCGCGUGCGGCACCACCACCGCCGGCAGUGGCCGCGGCGGAAGAGCCCUAACGGCACGUAGGUGCCUUAGCUUAGCAGCUCCUUUACGCUUCAACGCUUCGCGCGUUCCGUUGCCAGCUGUCGAUGGACCUUGUGAGUGGACAGAGUAUUAGUCAACUAUCGCAGUAUUAUUACAGUGACGAGGACUGGAUAGCGUUAAGUUAGGGCUCGGUCGCGGUGGCCGCGGCGGCUCAAACGCCGCAUGAAUGGUAGCUGAAGCAAGAGAGCAAACAUUUGAAUGGAGGAAAAAAGCCGAGCCGGGACGUCGUUCGGAGCUGUGAAAUUCCUUAAGGUCGUGUAAUAUCGUGGCGCUCGUUUGCUCUUGUGCCUGCGGUCAGACUCGUGCUCUAAAAUGAAAAAAAAAGGUUUUCUGUAGAAAGAGUAAAUAGUAGUCGCGCUAGUCACGAGUCUUCCGACAGACCACCGCACUGGAGGCGGGCGCGCGCGCCGCUCGCUCCGCCGCUCGCCGCGCAUGCUCGGUCGCCACGGCUCGGCCGUGCAUGCUUGGGCUGGCUCGCCAUGAAUGUAGCAAAACGCCUUCACGUCAAUUCUCAGUGUGUUAUUAUUUAAAUGCUUUACUGUUACUUAAGUACGAAUUGUGUUAUCUGCUUGUAAAUAUAAUAAAAUAAUUGUGUUUACAUACUUAUUUAUCAAAAGACUUUAAUCGGAAUUUGUAAACGUAGAUGUUAGUUGUAAAGUUGUAUUAAAAUGUUUUGUAUUUAAUUAUGGGUGUAAAACCAAUCGCUCUCUCCCGCUCGCUAGCCUCAGCUCAUACUCUAGUUCUCUCGGGUUAACUAUACAUUCCCAUUGCGCAGUAGUUUAUGUUCAACUUGGUAUUGAUUGUUUGUUUUGAACGUUUGUACAUAUUAUUUUAAGAGUUCAUCUGAGAGUGAUAGGUUUCUAUUAUGAAUCUCUUUACUGUCCUUGUUUUCGCGUCAUCCAUUUUGAAUUAUUGGUUUCGAAUUAAUGUAAAUUUACUUAACAAACGAAUGACAAUACUUCUGCUUCUUGUACAAUUACUUUUUCAUAUCCAUACUUAAUAAAGGACAUUAUAAUCUUAAUAUUUUAAUAAGAUCUGUGCCAUAGUGUGGUGGCAGUGUACGACUUUGUGUUCGCAUUGUAACUAGUGUAUUAAGUGUAUGUCUGUAAACUUCGAGUAAACUAAAAUGUUUAACAUUAGGCGGAGAAAACUGUUCAGUGUAUUCAAAUAAAAAGUAAUAUUCCGAUUGUUGGAGUGUUCGUCCUCGUAAAGCUGCCGACUGGUUCCCCGUACCCAUCAAUAAAUGUAUGUUAACUGCAACGCCGGCGCACGGCAAACAUUCCACACAAUGGGGUGUAAAACAAAUUCCCGACCAUGCGCUUAACACAGUAUGUCAACGCGAUGACACUGUCUAAUGUAUUACUGUGUCUAAUUAUAAGUACCUAUCAGAUGCUGAGAUCGAAAUCAUAUAAUUGCUAAGAAAAAUUACGAAAUUAAAUCAUAUUUAACUCGCAAACAA